UAAAGUCUUAAAGUCUUUAUGCUCAUCAUAACUCAUAAGCCAAAUUUAAGUUGUCAUCUCUUCUUGCUUCAUAGUCAUACUGUGCUGUGUCAUGGAGACUCCUGAAGUACCAAUCCGCAACCCAGCACACAAGAUCAUAGCCGUUACCGCAGGCGAAGCUCACACUCUCGCUCUUUCCGAGGUUGGGAAGGUAUUUUCAUGGGGACGAGGCACAUUUGGACGACUUGGAAAUGGUUCUGAAUCCGAUGAGAGUUUUCCGGUGCCCAUAAAAUUGGAUAAUGAUGGGUCCCUCAAUGAAAAGCCCCUCAAUUUUGUGGGUAUUGCUGCUGGUGCUUAUCACAGUCUUGCCCUUGCUGAUGAUGGAUCAGUGUGGUGCUGGGGCUACAAUACCUAUAGCCAACUUGGAUUUGAUGGAGAUAAUGUAUCAGUUCCCCGUCAAUUAGAUAAGUUACUUCAGUUAGAUUCUCCCCGAUCUCUCGGUGAUGACUCAAAGGGUAAGAGUAAACAUCCGUUGAAGGUUUGUGCAAUUGAAGCGGGUGGAAUGAUGUCAGUAGCAAUUGAUAACCUUGGGGCACUCUGGAUGUGGGGAAACAUCCCACAACAAAGCAGUCCUGAAGAUGAUGCAUUCUCACUUGGAAGUGUUCCGACCCCAGUCCCCAUGUUUGAUUUUUAUGGUCACACAGUUGUUAAGGUAGCAUGUGGAAACGAGCAUAUUGUUGCUUUAGUUAGUGCUGGUGAAAAGCACGUUGGUGAUGACCUUGUGUGUUACACUUGGGGGAACAAUAUGCAUGGUCAACUGGGGUUGGGAGAUACAGAGAGUAGAUUACAUCCUCAAGCUGUUGCGCAGUUCAGCGAGGGAUCUGCUUGGAGAGCUUAUGAGGUGGCAUGUGGAGCUUUUCAUACUGUUGUGCUUAGUCUUAAGAAGCGCCCAAGUGAUACGUUAGAAAGUGUCUGUUGGACAUUUGGCCUUGGAGAAAAUGGUCAGCUCGGACAUGGUACCACCCAGAGUGUCUCACUCCCUGAACCUGCUAGAGAAUUACCAGAAAAUGCGUAUUUUGUUUCUGUAGAUUGUGGAUUAUUUCAUACAAGUGUAGUUUCAUCUGCUGGGGAAGUGUGGUCAUGGGGAAUGGAAAAAGGUCUAGGACUUUGCCCAGAUGUGAGUUUUUCAGGAAUUGAUCACGGAGAUGCAAUCUUGCCAUUGCAAAUCUUAUGUAAUAGGCCACAGGGGCCAAAAUUUCCUGAACCUGUAGGAAUUGCAUGUGGGGCAGCCCACACUGUCCUUGUUGCAGAUGAUGGUUAUAAGCUUUGGUCUUGGGGACGAGGAAGGAGUGGAGUUCUUGGUGACGGGAAGGGUAGUGAUUCUUAUUCUCCGUCAAUGGUUUUAUGGCCCCCACUAUCAGAAGAUUUCAAAGACGGGCUGAAUUCUCCGGACACGGAGUCAAAGAAGCCUGAAAAAAAAGCCGAGGUGACAGAGGUGGAUGAAAAGGUGUCUCCGACAUUGGAAGAGAUGAAACGUUUGCAGUCAAAACUUUCAGUGAUGGAGCGCUAUGUAACCAUUCUUCAUGGCUCACUUUUUGGACGGCCUUUUGAAGAAAGAGAGAUUCCAGCCUCAUUGCUCGAGUCUGAUUCUUUCGAUGUUUCAGAAGCAUGGAAGACUAUGUUAGAGGCAGCAGACCGUAAAGAGCUAAGGCGUUUAGAGAUGUUCUAUGGAAAUAUGCUUGAUGGGGUCAAGGAUAAGAUAAUGAAGAGGAAGAUUCAAGAGAUUGUGAGGGAAUGCCUGCAGUCUUCAAGUACUCCUACUACUCAAUAUUGAUUUUCUGAAAGUAGAAAAAGCUAGACAUGGUACACAUUACACGUCUAUUAAUCUUUGUAUUUAUUUUCGAUGAUAUGGCCAUACAAAUGCAGUAAUAAUUACUCUAUAUAUAUGAUCAAUAAGGGGAUUUUGUAGGUUUGCCAUUUGCCAACAAAAUUUUUGUAGCUUGUCUAUCAGUACAGUGUGUAUAUUGUAUAUCAGAAAACAUUUAAAUUA